CGGCGGCUAUUCUUCCCAUUCCGGCGGCUAUUCUUCCCAUUCCGGCGAUUGACCUCGCCGCCCCGACUCUGCCUUCUACUCCGGCGAAUAUUACUCCUCCUCCAGUGGUUGGUCCUCCUACUGUGGCGGUUAUUCUUCCUGCUCCGGCAAUUGUUGCUCCUAGUGAAACAACUAUUAUUCCUACUUCCGCGAUUGACCCUGCCGCUUUGCCUCUGCCUCCUUCUCCGUCAGCUAUUCUACCUACUCCGGCGAUUCAACCGUCUACUCAAAUACAGAGCCCGCCACCAGUCUUGACAGUUCCCAUACCUAUAUGGCACGUCGAUGGCACAUCUUCUGGCGAUACUUCCAUGGUUGAAUGCGAUCCGAAGAUACAUCUAGAAUUCAACACAGUCGUACUACCCAAUAUCCAGCAGCUGAUCAACAAAUCGUUGUACAAAAAAAAAGCAUUUUUCUGCGUCGAACUCGUUAUGUGCGAGGACCGACCAACCGUGUUGAUAACGUGCAGGAGCGUACGAGAUAUGAGGCGGCUUAUUGCAAAGACGAAUUGCAUUGACCAAAGAAAGUUCAGUGUGAAGUUCCUGGAGGGAGGAGUGAGCUAUGCCGCCGCGCCGGGGGGGAGCAAUUUAUUUGGCAACGGCAUGUAUCGGAGUGGGAGUGGGAUUCCGAUAUCGGCAUAUCGUGGUAAGAGGACUCUGGGCACGGCAUUGCUCGGAGGCUACAUUGAGAUUGAUGGACAGUAUUUUGGACUUACGGUUUCGCAUGUGUUGGAUGAAGAAACGGAAGACAGCGAUUCGGGCGAGACGAGCGAUCAGUCAAGCGAUAGGACAAGCAGCACUAGUUCUUCAACACGAAUCUCGGACGACGACGACGACGACGACGACGGUGAUCGGAGAUUGAAACCGCGCGUCACGGAGGACCAUAUCGAAUUAUCGGACAUCCGCAUUUCUGUUCGCGACGACCAUAAAAUGACCGCCGUGCAUUGCGCGUCGGGUAAUCGUGUGAGCAGAUCUGCAAACACCGGCGUGGACCACCGUGAUGCCACUUCAUAUAUCAUGGACUGGGCACUCAUUUCGCCGCCGCAGAUGGUAGGUGCCCACUUUCACCCUCCGAAUGUGUUCCAUGACGCGCAAACGGACAGUCGAGGCUCGGACGCAUCCCAUCCCAUCAUUUCCACGGGGCACCUUGCCAGCAAAAGUGUAAAGAUUAUCAUGAACGGCUCGGUAUACUGCCAUGGUACUGCAUCCGGUGUUCCUAGCCUCGUGUCCCUUCGGAACCAGCCUGGCCUCGGAUUGGUGUUCAUGGUUAUGACGAGUCGUGAACUUGCCCGUGGAAUGUCAGGUGCCUGGGCAGUGGACUCGACUACCUCGGAGUUGUUGGGAUAUCUCCACGCAACAUCCACCUCCUCGCCAUGGGCGUAUUUCAUACCGAUCAUUGAAACCUUGGACGACAUCAUGGCGACUGUCUCGACAACACUACCCAGCCUUCCCCACGGCGGUAAUGAGGGCAACGAGGGUGGCGGCGCUGGAGAGCCCUUAUAUUCAUUACAGAGGGAACUGUGGGAAAAGUGGUUGUCCGAGCAGGGGUUUACCCGCGCCGGCAGUCAAGGAGAAGGUGUGUUUAGCGAGGCGUCCCUCAAGCGUAAUAGCCGAGCAUCAUCCGAGGGAAAGAACGAUAUACACUCGAUCCGUUCCAUGAGUUCGAUCCUUCCGACAACUGAUAGCUAUCUCGUUCCCUUUGAGCGGACUCUUCUGGACACUCGCGUGUACAGAAAAGUGAAGCGGAGCGGGUCGAUGUCCUCCUCUGAUAGUAGCGCUAGGAAGGGUGACGGGUGGUCCCAGCUGUCGGGGCUGAGUCUGUCCGAGAUCUCAAACAUAUCGGUCGUCAAUCUGAAACCAGUCAUUGUUGAGCGACGAGCGAGCAUGCGAAGAUUUACCAGAAGCAUUAAAGAAAAGCCACCCUCCCCUCUGGUGUUUCAUAAGUCGGAAAAACAAGGAGGAGGAAAACGACGAGAGGGAGAGAGAUCUUGAGUUUAUUUUAGGAAGACGACGGGUAUGAUAUACUCCGGCACUUUGGUUUUCAGGGAGACUCCCGGGGGUGAGGGAGCCGCUGGCAUCGGCUUUCAGGAGUGUGCUUUAUCCCACGGGCUUCAUGUUCGAUUUCCGUAUGUAGCAAUUUGCCAAUUGGAAUGCUUUCGAUCGGGUAAUGGCAUGUUUCUAUCACAGGGAGAUGCAGCGCUCGACGGGUGAUCCUGUCGGAGAUGCGGAGUGGUCUGGCUUAAACAUGCCUUGAAUUGAAACUAGGGC